AUGAAAACUCCAGUCGAUAUGGCCCUAAACAUCUUGUCACCAAAUGCCAUGCAGGUGGCUAUGACCUUUGGGUUGUCAGGAAUAGCAUUCCAUUCAAGCAUCAGGAAUAUCGAGAUCGACAAUCGACUCGGGACCUUGUUCGUCGCUUAUUUGUUUACAUGGGCUUCUCUUGUGGGAAUUUAUGUGAAUUUAUUCGAUCUAAGCUUGCUACAUAGUGUUGCAACAGCUUCGUAUGCAGGCUUGUGUUUUAAUCUUGCGCUGGCGACCAGUAUCGGAGUUUAUAGACUGUUCUUUCACCGAUUACGAAACUUUCCAGGCCCCUGGGGCGCCAAACUCAGCCGUUUCUACGCGGUGAAUCUUGCAUCCAAGGGUCUGCAAUAUCACCUUCAGCUGGAAAAGUUGCACAAACAGCACGGUGACUUUAUCCGUACAGGUCCGCGUGAAAUUUCUAUAAAUCGUCCAUCAGCCGCUCAGGCAAUCCAUGGUCCCAAGUCACCCUGCCAUAAGUCUACUUUGUACAGCCAUGUCUCAGAUGAUGCGACCAAGAACUCAGUUCACACAAUGCGCGAUCCUGAGAUCCAUCGCCGCCGGCGUCGAGCUUGGGAUCGCGGAUUCAGCGUCAAAGCGAUGGCAAUGUAUGCCCCUCGAGUAAAGUCCAAAGUCGACUUGUUCAUUUCCCAGUUACGUACACGGGCUGGUCAGCCAGUUGAUAUCACCGAAUGGACUAUGUUCCUCACUUUCGAUGUCAUGGGCGUGGUUGGACUCGGUAAAGACUUCCAGCAGCUGCAAGAAGCUAAAGAGCAUAGUGCUAUUAAAGGACUACAUGAGCAAAUGGCGACGCUAGGGUUAUUGGCUCAUGUGCCAUGGUUCCUGUGCCUGUUGAGCUCAAUUCCUGGCUUGACUGGGAGCUAUGAGUCGUUCAUGGAUUAUUGUCACAACCAUGUUAAGGAAAAGGCAGCUAUAUGGGAAAAGACAGAUUCGCAGGAUCCUGCCGACAUUAUAUCUUGGUUGCUUAAGGCCUUCAAAGAUAAUGAUCCAUCUGCACCUCCCGGUGAACAGGCUUUGCAAGAAGAUGGCCGUGUCAUCAUCGUUGCAGGAAGCGAUACAACUGGCGCAACACUGGCGAACGUCCUUUAUUACCUUACAGUCAAUCCGUCUGUCUGCAAAAGACUCCAACGACAGCUCGAUAACCUAUUUCCCAAUGCUAGCGACUCGUUCACUUAUGAACAAGUGCGUAACAUUCCUUAUGUAGAUGCCAUCAUCAACGAAACUCUUCGACUCAAACCGGCUGUGCCUAGUGGCCAACCGCGGGUGACACCUCCUGAUGGUCUUUUAAUAGACGACGUUUGGAUUCCAGGCGACGUUCAUGUUAUUGUCCCCCAGUAUAUUCUUCAGCGAGACAAUAGGAAUUUCGUAGACGGGGACAAAUUUAUGCCUGAGAGAUGGCUAGCUGAAAAUAAAGGAGAAAUGAUUUUACACGAAGAAGCUUACUUUCCUUUCCAAAUCGGACAAUAUGGAUGUCCUGGAAAACCCCUCGCAUAUAUGACUCUCCGCUUUGCUAUUGUCUCUGUCGCAUUAAAUUUUGACCUUAGCCUCGCUCCGGGGGAGGAUGGCGUGAAAUUCGAUCAAGGAGCUAAAGAUACGUUUACUUUGACGUUAUCUCCGCUGCAGGUGAUAUUUAACGAGCGUGUCAAGGCCUGAAUCUAUGCGGCUAAGUAACGACCACUAUGGAGCUAUGUUAAUAUGAUGAUAAGAAAGGUACAUGCAGAGGCUCAUUCACUCUUUGAAUUUAGCCAAUCCUGCUGUACGAGUUUCAAUUGAGAUGAUAUUGGAUACAAGCUACUUUUCUGUGAUUUUACAAUCCAAGGCUCCGUAUUCAUUCCCCGGGCUUGUCUUAU